GAUUUGGUGAGGGAAUUAGCGAAAGAGGCGCUUAGACGUGAAACGGUGUCGGGUUAAAUGCAGAGAGAAAGAAGGAAAUGUAAAUUGAAUUUGCGAAUUGGUAAUUGCAAGCAAAACCCUAGUGAGUGAUAGAUAGGUGAGGUGCUGUUGUCUGAAUCGAAUAGAAUCGGGAAGGAAGAUCAAAGAUGUGGUGGAGAUCAGCAUCUUUCAUCAUGGACAGGCAGCGGAACGAGGAGGCUGAUCUGAAGGGGGACUCCUCAAACCCUAACCCUAACCCUAAUAUCUCUGCCUACUAUGAGACGAGAGCGGCGCACCACGGCGUGGUCACCAGCGACUGGCUGGCCCAGGCUCAGGCCGCUAUUGGGCCCGACCCCGACCCCAACCCUGAACCUGAACCUCAACUCAGGCCCGAUCCUGACAAGCCCUUCAGUGUCAUCGAUGAGUUUAACAGCUGGCGGAAACAGCCCCAUUUGGCCGAGGCCGUCGCCGCCAUUCGGGCCCUGGCCGCCGUCAUAAGGUCCAGCAAGGCUACCACCAUGAUGCAGCUCGAGAUUGAGCUCAAGAAGGCCUCCGAUUUUCUCAAGUCUUGGGAUACCACCUCUAUCUCUCUGACAGCCGGCUGUGAUCUCUUUAUGCGAUAUGUCACUCGGACUUCUGCUUUAGAAUACGAAGACUUCAAUUCCGCUAAGUCUCGCUUGAUCGAGCGCGCUGAGAAGUUUGGAGAAAUCUCCUACAAGGCCCGCAAAGUUAUUGCAAUGUUGAGUCAGGAUUUUAUAUUUGAUGGCUGCACAAUUUUGGUUCAUGGUUUUUCCAGAGUUGUCUUUGAAGUCCUAAAACUUGCUGCACAAAAUAACAAACUAUUUCGGGUCUUCUGCACAGAGGGAAGACCAGACCGAACAGGUUUGCGGUUGUCGAAUGAGCUGGCCAAACUUGAUGUUUCAGUGAAACUUCUAAUAGAUUCUGCUGUUGCAUAUACUAUGGAUGAGGUGGACAUGGUUUUUGUGGGUGCGGAUGGAGUUGUCGAAAGUGGGGGCAUAAUCAACAUGAUGGGGACCUAUCAAAUAGCAUUGGUUGCUCACAGUAUGAAUAAACCAGUUUAUGUCGCUGCUGAGAGCUACAAGUUUGCUCGCCUUUACCCUCUUGACCAAAAGGAUUUAGCCCCUGCAUUACGCCCUAUUGAUUUUGGCGUACCUAUUCCAUCGAAGGUUGAGGUUGAAAGGUCCGCGCGGGACUACACCCCUCCUCAAUACCUGACUCUGCUUUUCACAGAUUUAGGUGUUCUUACUCCAUCUGUCGUUAGUGAUGAGCUCAUCCAGCUAUACUUAUAGUAAUCCAUCCAUGUAUAUUUUUCCCCCUAUUUUCCCUAUCAAGAUCAUGUAUUUCACAUGAAACAAUUUUGUGACAAGCACGUGUAUUGUUUCAAUUAAUUAGGGAUAGGUUUUAGUAUCUGUGUGCAACACGUAAUUUGUUAAUUCUUUGAUUGAAUUUCGAAGCAUAGCGCGAUUUCUGUGA